AUGGACUUUGAUGAUUUUGCGGUCCCUACCCUGAACGUUUCAGAGAGGAAAGCAAUUGCCCAACUUCUCCCUCGCGUCAAACGCAAGUUCGUCAAAACUAUACAGACGUCAAACGGUAAAGAUGUACAGUACAUGGAGCCAUCAGUUGUUCCGUACAAAAUACCCGAUGGCGGCAAGGAUCGCAGUGUCGUCACUCGGACCGCGAUAUGGGUCUGCCUUCCGUACUUCAGUCUUGAGAACUACUCUGGUCUACUCUCUGCUGAGAAGUCAUCUGAAUUCCCCGUCCAGACGCUUCUUCAGGCGCAGUUCUCAAAGAGUGCCCCUCUGCUCCUGACCUAUGGACGGAUGACCGAAGAUACACUUUGUGCUGAGUCCAGAGGGAGCAUGACUAAAAUUGCAAUAGAGAAUGUCAUAUCCCCAGCCAAGUCACGGCUGAUGGUAUCCUAUCGCGGAUCUGUUACUUGGGCAUUCCUCUUGGAAGAAUGCCAAACCUGGACAGACUUCUUGUCUCACUUCCGAGAGUUUUGGCCUAGGCGAGUAGUGUUUUUCAUAAACAAACGCCAAAUCAGUGCAGAAGACUGGCCCAGAAUCUGGCACGGCGCCCAACGCGUCAACAAGAAUUUGGUCAUGGACGUUGAUAUCGGACCCGAUCCCAAACCACCUCCACGACGUCUUCAACAAUUGCCAGGUGGUACCCAAAUUUCAAGCACUCAAGAUUCUACGAAGAACAAACAGGCCAGUGGGCCUCAAGUUAAGUCUAGCGUCGAGCAGGCUGAAAAGCUUUCCCCGGACUGGAAGCCAGAUCAUGCAAGCAGGACCAACUCAAUCCCCAGUCCUGAGUCCAUUUCGAUCUUUGCAUUCCUUGAAGGGGUCUCGCAGCCCUCGGGUGUUGACGAAUCAGUCUUGAACGAACACCUCCUCGAGGUCGAAGACUUCCUUCUGAACCAGACAAACUUUACUGAUCGUAAAGCCUACCGAGGUUGUAAUCCUUCUUCCCGCAACGAUGUUUACGGAAUAUUGGAAAAGCGGGGCUCUCAUCUGAGCCAAUCCUUGGAUUCCUCAAGCAAAGACCAACAAGACUAUGAGGAAGACGUGGACAUAUUCAAUGCUGCCGACACUAUUUUUCGGUUCUUCUUCCCGGCGCAUGUAGAGGUGGCAACUGUGGGCAAGUUCUGGGGUGCCUUGAAAUUUCUUGUGGAGCAUCCUAGAGAGGGCUCUCCGCUAGCCAAAAGGAUUCGCAGGCAUCGUUCCUUUGUCAUCAGGGUUAUGAGAAGUCUAACCGUCACCAUCGCUUCAUUCAACGAAACCUUUGGAUACUCGGAUAGUUCUAGCCAGAUGAACAUGACCAUUCCCGACGACUUCAAAAAUGCCUGGCUGCAUCUUACGAUGAGUCUCAUUUUUGUUCCAUACGAUGAAGUUAUGAGCGAAACUCUCCUUCUUAUUGCUCAGCUGCUCAUUGAGGGAGGCAUCGAGGAGAUCGUCAAGUCAAUGUUCACAAAAUCUCUUACGGAGAAUGCUGUGAUUCUACCAAUGGAACUCUUAUCAUUGAUGAGCCUGAAGAUGCUUCAAGAUUCGACGGCAGGUCUCCCUGACAUCAGUCAGACAUACUCCGCGUAUCUUGAGUCUGUGGCGGCCGAUAUUGCAAACAAGCCUUCGGAUCGAUUACAUGAACGCCGAAUAGGGCUCCUGAAGCAGGAAAUCACGGUCAUACAGAAAACUCUCGACGCUCAACAUCGAAUCAUGGAUGUCCUAGAAACGAACUCCAAGCCACAAGUAGCAAGUAACGAGUACAUGACGUCUAUGGACAACCCCAACAUCGGGUAUGAGAGCUACAGAAGCCGGGUCGAGUCAAGCUCAAGGCGCAACUCCCCCAGGAGCAGGUCCUCCCCAAGGACUAUCGACGUCUCAGUGAGAUCGCCCAUGUACAAUGCCGAAAAUACAAGAUCCCACACAUAUGCCAGAUCUAGAUACCAAGACAACGACUUUUCAAAUCGGACAGUAACAUAUGACCGAGACAACCGUACACACUCCGCUUAUUAUGACGAGGACGCACAAGUGUACUACGACACCACCCAGUCUAACCCUGACUUCAAGCUGGCACCUACAGAUGCGGGUGGAUAUCGCAAGCUGUUUACCGAGGAGUGUUUCCGACACAUUGACCGUCGAAAGCGGGAGUUUGGCGAGUUUCGAUACCAAGCCUCGCUGCUGGAAGAAGAGAAUCAAAACAAAGUCGAGACUACCAAAGACCGCCAGGAGCGCGCCAUCUAUGCAUUCACCAUCGUGACUGUCAUAUUUCUCCCACUGAGCUCUAUUGCGAGCAUAUUUGGCAUAAACACAAAGGACGUGCGAGACAUGGACCUUGGCCAGUGGGUGUAUUGGGCCACAGCCAUCCCGGUCACGGCGGCUGUCGUCUUCUUUGGGCUGCUUUGGACCGGUGAGCUGGGUAAUAUCCUCCGCUGGGCUGCCUCAUUUGGCUCGCAUGUGAGGGGUGGCUACCAGAGGAUUCCCGAUGAGUAUUAUGAUGGAGACGCUAUGUAUGACCGCCGUGUAAGGGCUGCAGAAAUGGUGAGAGUCGUGGAGAGGGAGAGGCUGGGUGGUUACCGUAGCCGGUCUCCCUCCCCACCACCGCCGCCGCCGCCAGCUUUUGUCCGCCGCCAAGUCUUUUAUAACAGAUGA